AUGAAGGAUUCACACUCGUCGCACAGCUAUGUGCUUAACAAGCCCACGAAAAUAGAGUUCCACAAGGUUCGGAUUCUGAUUCUCGAUGCACCCAAUAAUUCGAACGUCGAGCUGUAUUUGCAUGAGAUGUUGGCGUUCGGAGUCACAUGCCUUGUACGCACCUGCGAAACUAACUAUGACUGUACGCCAAUCACUGCUGCGAAUAUCGCUAUUAGGGAACUUAUAUUCAACGAUGGAGAGGCGCCUUCGGAUGACAUCGUCGCCGAGUGGUUGCAAAUCCUUAAAGAUGUUGUGGCAAACAACGGUUCGGUAGCGGUUCAUUGCGUCGCCGGCCUCGGCCGAGCGCCCGUACUGGCCUGCAUCGCGCUAGUGGAGUACGGAAUGCAUCCUUUGGACGCCAUUUGUUUUGUUAGAGAGCGGAGAAAGGGGGCAAUCAACCGCAAGCAACUGGAAUACCUGAAGUCUUACAAAACACGCAAAAACACGCCUUUGUGUUUGAGACUCUGCCCGAUGUUUUAA